AUGGAGAGCCAGCCAGAGCUGUUAAAAGUCUUGCCGGCUACAAGAGAACCAAACAAAAGGAUUUCUGUUCCUACUUUGCAGCUAUGGAGAUUCGCUUUCAAUGUGAUUUGUAAGGUGUUUUUGGGUGUUGAGCGGUGCUGCUUGGAUCCCUCUCUGCCAAAUCCACCGCUUGCAAGGGCUUUUGACACUGCAUUGGAGAUUUGCGCAAGGCGCGGAGCAGCUCCCAUGUUCAUAAUUUGGAUGAUUAAGAGGUGGCUUGGAGUCGGUUCGGAGCAAAAACUUAGAGCUGUGAUUGAAGAAGUUCAUGCCUAUGUAACGGAUAUAAUCAAGAGGAGGAAGAAAGAGCUAAAAGAAGUUGAGACGGAUAGUGGAGCUCAUGAAGACCUUCUAUCUCGGCUAAUAACGGUGGGGCACGAGGAGGAGGUGACGAUGGAAGCUUUAUCAUGGCCGGGCGGGAAGCGGCAAUACAUGACAUGGCUCUUCUGGUUGCUUUCCCGCCAACCAGGUGCGGAGGAAAAUGUGGUGAAAGAGAUUGAAUCCGCCGAAGAAAAUAUGUCGGAUUUCGAGUUGUUGCAGUUGAGCUUGUUGAAGGCAUGCCUUUACGAGUCCAUGAGGCUUUAUUUGCUUGGGACUCGAAGCAUGCCAUAG